UUGAAGUUCACACCUGUUUGUUCUGCUUGAUUGACGUUACUCAGGAAAGCGUUAAAAUUGUUGAUCGUGUAACCAUAACAACCAUGACUUUUUCCAAGCACGCUGACUCAUUCGGUCAAAACGUCACUCGAGUGAACUUAACUAAAUUAUUUGAAUUUUUACUCUCUGCCACCUCGGGUCGAAAACCUUGUCAAAAUGCCAAAAGCAGGUAAGGGAUCGGGAGGCGCCGGAAAGAACAGUGCCGGCGUCGAUAUUGCCAAAAUGACCAAAGAACAACUGGAGGUUUACUCGGCCAAAUUACUCGAAGAAUUGGAACGCGAACGCGAAGAGCGCAAUUAUUUCCAACUCGAACGAGACAAUAUACAAACGUUUUGGGAUAUAACUCGUCAGCAGCUGCAAGAAUCAAAAUCACUUAAUCGUGUUUUAAAAAAGGAAGCUCAUGAUUUUACUAAAAAAUUUGAGGAUGAAGCUUUACAAUCGAGAAAAAAGUUCACCCACCUCGUUCAUACUUAUCAAACGGAAGCAGCGACCAUUAAUGUGGAACACUUAGUAGCUUUGAAGAAAUUCCAAAACCGUUUUGUGCAGAAAAAAACAGAAAUAAUCAACAAUAACAACAAUGCCAUGAAAAUUCAAAAUGAAGCCAAUCUAGAUAAUCUCGUUCAAACACAAGCUCUAAAGUUGCAACAUAGAAAAGUAUUGGAAGAAGCUAAAGAGGAAUUCAAACGGAAUACCCUGGACAUGCAAGAUAAAUAUGACGAAAAAAUAGCUGCUUACAGAAAAAAUUUUUCUCUCAGACACAACGUCGAGAUUGCUGAAGUUGAAGAGAGAAAAAAUGAACAUGUAGAUCGAUUAUUAAAAGAACACGAGGCUGCUUUUCAAGAGCUCAAAGCAUUUUACAAUAAUGUUUUGCUGAACAAUUUGUCAGUUAUUGAGGGACUGAAAAAGAAAUUUAGUCAAGUAAAGAAAAAUGAAGUAAAAAUGAUGGGACAAAUUAAGGAUAAAGUUGACGCGUGAUAACUAAAAUAUGUAAUAAACAGAGUCUGAGGUGGCAGAGAUUGAAA